AAUUUGAAUCAAACUUUGAAAUCCCGACCUUCCUGUAUGAUGAUGCUGCCAUAGUAAUUACAUAAGCAAAACGUAAAUGAUUCGCGGGAAAAAGUGAAAAAAUGGCGACUUGCACAGUCUGAACUCAAGCGCUGCACUCUCGUUAACUACUAAAGUAUUACUUUGCGAAUGGACUAUAGUGAUUCUGAAGUUAUUAAUGCGUUUUGUGAACUAUUGCCCUUAAAUCGGAGAGCAUUCAAUCAGGUGUGCUUGAGUGAGUGAGUGUGUUGGAGUGAGUGAGUGUGUUGGAGUGUGUGAGUGUGUUGGAGUGUGUGUGAGUGUGUUGGAGUGUGUGUGUGUGUUGGAGUGUGUGUGUGUGUGUGUCGGGCUGAGUGGUGAGAGCGAGCAUGCUGGAGUCGGCCUACAGAGACGACUACCUGGCGGCUGACCAGAUGGAACCCAAGCGCCUGCUGCCCAAGCGAGAGCGCAGCGUGAGCGAGCUGGAGGCCAGCCUGACCGUGGGCCAGUACGUCCUGUGCUGCUGGUCCGACGGCCUCUACUACCUGGGCAAGAUCCAGAGGGUCAGUCCCCCAAAACAGAGCUGCUUUGUUACGUUUGAGGACAACUCCAAAUUCUGGGUCCUGUGGAAAGACAUACAACAUGCUGGAGUGCCCGGUGAGGAACCCAAGUGCUCUGUGUGCUCGGAAAUAGUGUCGGUACCAGGCACCAAUGUCAUUCUUAUCUGCGGCAAAUGUGGAAUAGGUUACCACCAGCAGUGCCACCUGCCCCCUGUAGAGAGUUCUGCAGAUGUGUCCCCCUGGUUCUGCAGGAAGUGCAUCUUUGCCCUGGCUGUGAGGAAAGGGGGCGCUCUGAAGAAGGGCCCCAUUGCCAGAGCACUGCAGGCCAUGAAGCAGGUGCUGGCCUACAACCCAGAGGAGCUGGACUGGGACUCACUGCACCGCACCAACCACCAACAGUGCUACUGCUACUGUGGAGGACCUGGAGAGUGGUACCUGAAGAUGCUGCAGUGCUUCAAGUGUGAGCAGUGGUUCCACGAGGCCUGCAUCCAGUGCCUGCAGGAGUCCAUGAUGUUCGGAGACAGGUUCUACCUGUUCAUCUGUGCCGUGUGCAAUAAAGGAGUGGAGUACAUCAAGCGGCUGGCGCUCAGAUGGGUGGAUGUGGUCCACUUGGCGCUGUACAACCUGGGGGUGCAGAGCAAGAAGAAGUACUUUGAGCUGGAGGAAAUCCUCAGCUUCAUCAGCAGCAACCUGGAGCACUUCCAGCUGGGAAAGCUUUCAAACACACCUCCUGCAGAGAGAGGACAACACAUCCUGGAUGCGCUCAACAACUAUAAAACCAAGUUCCUCUGCGGGAAGGAGAUCAAGAAGAGGAAGUGCAUUUUCCGCCUGCGCUCCCGAGUGCCCCCCAACCCCCCCUCCAAGCUGUUCCCCGAGAAGGCCCAGAGCGAGGGCCGGCGCGGACGCAAGAAGGGCAGCGGCCGCAACAGCAGCUCAGCUCCAGCAGAUAAGAGGAGAAAGAAGAGGUCCAAGUGGCUUCUAGAAGACGCCAUACCCAACAAUGACCUGAGCUCCUGGAGUGCUAACCAUCACAUGGCCAACAUAUUCGACUUCACGCUGGACGAGCUGCAAAGCUUGAAAAGUACCAGUUCAGGCCGAACCCUCAGUCUGGACCAAGACUCCACAGAUGCAGCCAGCACUUCGGGCUCAGCCACCACCAGUGUCUCCUACGACUUCCGUAAGAACGUGGGAAGCCGUAAGCGUAAGCUGCCCUCCUCCUGCUACUCGCUGAUGGCCACCAAGAGGGCGGCGUCAGAGAGCGACCCCAUCAGCCCCCUGAGCCUGCCCGGCGAGGACCCGCCCGUCGCCCUGGAGACGGGCAUCGACAGCCACACCUUCGAGAGCAUCAGCGAAGACGACUCGUCACUCUCCCACCUCAAGUCGUCCAUCACCAGCUACUUUGGUGCCGCCGGCCGCCUCACCUGUGGGGAGAAGUACCAGGUGCUGGCCCGGCGCAUCACACCUGAGGGAAAGGUGCAGUACCUUGUGGAGUGGGAGGGCACCACACCCUACUGAACUGGCAUGUCGUUUCACAUCCCCACCCUCCCCAUUAACACCUAGAGUAGCAGUUCCGAACCCCAGACCCAUUUGACCAAAUGAUUAUUGUUAGUAGUAUUUGUCUGAAGCAGCACUUAGCAGACUGAACUGAGGGAAGGCAACAAUGUGUAUAAGCUAUUACCAGACAGUCAUUUCACAGUAAGCCAUUGACAAAGCAUGACCCCCCCCCCCCAACACACACACACACACACACACACAUACACACACCAGUACUGUGUGAAUCAAACAAUUCUGUUCUGUACAGCAAUGACUCGGUACUGCCCUGUUUGUUUAGAAGGUAAACACUAAACAAACAGAACAGAUCAACAACAGAUGCAUCCACUGGACAGCAACUGAUCACAUACGACUGAUCCCGAGUCAGAAUUCAGGAUCAGCAGCGUGUCUGCAUUAAGAGUCAAAUGUCAAUAGAAGAGUUCAACAGCCUUUGUCUGUUGGACCAGUGUGACCACAUCCUGUUUCCCCUCUGAGCAGAAGCUACGUGCUCUGUUCUGUUCUGAUGGACGUAGCUGACCUGUGCUAUCUUCUCUUUCUGUAGUACACCGCGCACCUGACGGACGUAUCUGACCUGUGCUAUCUUCUCUUUCUGUAGUACACCGCGCACCUGACGGACGUUGUUGACCUGUGCUAUCUUCUCUUUCUGUAGUACACCGCGCACCUGACGGACGUAUCUGACCUGUGCUAUCUUCUCUUUCUGUAGUACACCGCGCACCUGACGGACGUUGUUGACCUGUGCUAUCUUCUCUUUCUGUAGUACACCGCGCACCUGACGGACGUAUCUGACCUGUGCUAUCUUCUCUUUCUGUAGUACACCGCGCACCUGACGGACGUUGUUGACCUGUGCUAUCUUCUCUUUCUGUAGUACACCGCGCACCUGACGGACGUUGUUGACCUGUGCUAUCUUCUCUUUCUGUAGUACACCGCGCACCUGACGGACGUAGCCGACCUGUGCUAUCUUCUCUUUCUGUAGUACACCGCGCACCUGACGGACGUUGUUGACCUGUGCUAUCUUCUCUUUCUGUAGUACACCGCGCACCUGACGGACGUAUCUGACCUGUGCUAUCUUCUCUUUCUGUAGUACACCGCGCACCUGACGGACGUUGUUGACCUGUGCUAUCUUCUCUUUCUGUAGUACACCGCGCACCUGAGGGACGUAUCUGACCUGUGCUAUCUUCUCUUUCUGUAGUACACCGCGCACCUGACGGACGUAUCUGACCUGUGCUAUCUUCUCUUUCUGUAGUACACCGCGCACCUGACGGACGUAUCUGACCUGUGCUAUCUUCUCUUUCUGUAGUACACCGCGCACCUGACGGACGUAGCCGACCUGUGCUAUCUUCUCUUUCUGUAGUACACCGUAUACUGCGCACCACGUAUGGAUCUAUUUUUACAAACAACAGUAUUCACCAUAUUCGGCAUAUUUUGCUUAAUGUUUUCUCUUUUAUUUACAAAACAAGAAUACAAAUCUGUAAACCUGUCUUUUGGCUCUCGGUCCGCAAGACAUAUUUAGUGGUUAGGAACAGAGACCAGCCUUCUGGGGGGCAGGUUUGACCCGAGGCAGUUGCACGGCACACGUGUGUCUGUAGAUAGUUCUGCAAGAGUUGUGUUUUCCUGACGUGUCCUGCAUGUGCUCUGCUGUGUCUGCUCCUUGAUGGCCGCAUGGGAGAAUGUAAUGACCAAAGCAGUGCAAGCCUCUACUAAAGCCUUCUCUGCGACAGCGCUUCUGGUAUUCACCGUUUCUGUAUUCUCCAAGUGGUAUUGGAUUGUUGAGACAGUUCACUACUCAAAAUGCCAGAUGGAAGUUGACUGCUUGUAUUUUAGCAUAUGAAUAACAGUUAAGAUCUUUUCUUAUCUUCUAUUUUAGCAUAUGAAUAACAGUUAAGAUCUUUUCUUAUCUUCUUUUAGCAGUUGCAAUAGAAGUGAGUCCAUAACUGUAAUCUUUGUUUCUGCCAUAUCCAAAGAUUUUUUUUUUUUAGUUUUCUUGGUAUAUCUUCAAAAGACAUAUCGCUGUCAUGAUAUUGGGUCUCUGCUAACUGGUAGUCUAAAGCUAGUGAACUUUUAAAAAUGCUGAACAUUUGAGAUUCUUCAGACUCAUGCCGAAUAGAGUUUGAUUGGAGUUUGAUUAUUCUUAUAUAUAUACGUAUGUAUAUAAAAUUGGAUAUAAUAUUACCCCUGAUGUGUCAUUGCACUAUUAACACAAGCCUUCAACUAUGCAAUAUGUUUUGGUAAUAAAUAGAAAUAUCUGUGAUUACCAAAUAUAUUAAUAUGAAAAUAUGAAUAGUUUUGUGCUGAGAAAGAGAAAGCAUCCUAAAAGCCACUUGCUUUCAGCUUACUGUUGUUUAUUGUUUUGUUUUGUUUUGUAAAAUGUAACCAUUUUCCUUAUUUCGUCUGCCCUUCUAUCAAAACAAUGGGACAAUACAUGUUAUCUAAAUCUAACCUCAUGCUGCAGAUGUAAACAAAUAUGUCAUACAAAUAAAUACACACAUGUGUAGUUGAAUAAAUACACACCUGUGUAGUCGUUAUGUUGUUGUACUCUGCUUGUAGUGUCAUGUUAGUACUAAGAGACACAGCUUAAAAAUGUUACCAGUGAUGU